ACAACACUUCCAACAGCAGCUUGUACGACUAUCGUUAAUUCUAGUCCAAUUCUAAUAAAACAACUUCCACAACUUCCAUUACAAUAUACGCAACAUCACCAUGCAGCUCAUCGACUUUGCACUCAUCGGCCUGGCAAUCGCCGCUCCAACUACCCAGGUCCGUUCGGCCAAGGAAGCGACCACAUGUCCAGGUGUGAAUGGCGCACAAACCUCCUCAAACAACAACGUGGCAUACCGAAUAGAAUGUGCUAAAUGGGUCGACUCCGACGAAGUCCUCCGGAUAACAACAACCGAGGUCGGCUACGAGGGCUGUCUCACAGCUUGUGAUGGCACUAUUGACUGCGGUAUUGCACAAUUCAUCGCUACCGACGAUGCUCAGAUCAAGGGUUUCUGCACACUGUUCAAGAAGGGUGCUGCCGUCAAGCAAGGUUCAAGCAAUUCUUGGACACUUGCAACCCAAAUCGACAGCAAGCCAGCGCCAGGCAAUCCGACUGUCCCUGUUCCAGGUGACGGCGACAAAUUCGGCCUCAUUGUCGUCAAACCUGGCUCUCCAAUUCACCACCAGGGCAUAACUGCAUCUCAUGGCAGCCUACUCGUUGGUGGCAAGCAGGACGCUACCUGUGAUACCAAGUCCGACUUCGCUACCUUCUUCAUUAAUAACGGCGAAGCAUACCUGUACUCCCCUUCUUCCACACAGCAGCUCUGGGUCGAUCGCAGCGGUAUGGGCCAGGGUAUUUCUGGCUACACGACCGGUACUCAGGAAGCACCAAAGAACGCUGAGCGCAAGAGCUUCAAGGUCGAUAAGGACGGACACUUGACCUUUGAAGGUGUCACCCCAAAGGCUUGCCCAGGCAAGGACAAUGACGCAGGAUGGAGCCUCUGGUUCUCAUCUGCAGACAAGCCUGGCUUUAACGAGGGCUGUAUCGGCGUUGCACUCAAGGCUCUUAAGGAGGAUAACCCUGUCAGCUGCUCUUACACUGGCUCCUCCUAAGGAAAGGAGAUGAUGAGAUUCUGUUUUUUUUUUUGCAUAGCGGAAGGUAGCAUGGCGUAUAAUUCUAGCAUUGAGCGGCGCAGCAUUGCUUUCGAAGACGGGUUCGUCUUCGUGAUUUUCUACAUAAAACUCACGACUCUUACGACGAGUCAACAUGGGCCAUGUCUUUGGGCCUCAAUAUUAAUUAGAGUCCUUGCAAAAAACUUAAUUUUAUCC